AUGCCGGCUGCAGGCGGAGUCUUUACCGGCUACGCCACAGUGCUGGCCCCUGUUGCAGAUUUUAAGUACUAUGGUUCGUCAAGGGACUGUGAGAAAAUUCCCUUGAAGGGUUUAAGCAGAAGUGUAACUGCUAGGUCCCUGGUUAUGCACAUAUUUUACUUGAGUGAGCCAUGCUGGCUGUGCCUCCGGAGUAGCUGCAGCUAUCAGAGGUUUUCUGGUAUAUUAUUACCUCCACCAGAGAAUCCUGGACUCUUCUAUUCAACUCCUUUUUCUCCUAAACCCCUUUCAUCCUUCACAAAGAGGGGCCAGCCGCUGCUGCACCGCUCACCAUGGGCCCCGGGGGCCCGGCUGCUGCUGCCGCUCAAGCUGUGCGUGGGGCUUGGCGAGCUGGUGCUGCCCGCUGGGGCCUGGGGCGUACGCCGGCGAGGGCCCUCGGUGACGGCCAAGGUCUUCUUUGACGUGAGGAUCGGAGACAAAGAUGUCGGCAGAAUUGUGAUUGGCCUUUUUGGGAAAGUCGUGCCCAAGACGGUGGAGAAUUUCAUCGCCCUGGCCACAGGAGAGAGAGGAUAUGGCUACAAGGGAAGCAGCUUUCAUCGCGCCAUCAAGGACUUCAUGAUCCAAGGAGGGGACUUCAGCGGGGACGGCACUGGCGGAGUGAGCAUCUACGGCGAGACGUUCCCGGAUGAGAACUUCAAGCCGAAGCACUACGGCAUCGGCUGGGUGAGCAUGGCCAACGCUGGGCCCGACACCAACGGCUCCCAGUUCUUCAUCAUGCUGACCAAGCCCACGUGGUUGGACGGCAAGCACGUGGUCUUCGGGAAAGUCAUUGAUGGGAUGACCGUGGUGCACUCCAUAGAGCUGCAAGCCACCGACAGUCACGACCGCCGGCUCACCAACUGCUCCAUCGUCAACAGUGGCAAGAUCGACGUGAAAACGCCCUUCGUGGUGGAGGUUGCUGACUGGUGACAGCCGAGAGGGGACAGGGAACACAGCCUGGUGUGGUUGUGCGCGUCUGUGUGUGCGUGCACACGUUUGUCUGUGGAGUCUUCAGUUGCUGUUUUGCUUUUUUUUUUUAACCUAAUUUCCCACCCCAGAUCACAGCAAAGAUUUGAAAAAUCAACCACUCAGAAUUUAGUUUGCAUGAGUUUGGUCAGUUACUUACUAAGGCACUUUGAACUUAAAAAACGUACACUCUUCUUCCAGUGGUGCUAUUUUUAAACUCAUUAGAAUAUGUUGUUGGCUAUUUCUUUUUAAGAACUUAAUCAUCCUCUCCCCACCCUCAAUGCAUCAUGAUCUCCAUGUUGGGCAAUACUAAAGUUCUGUCCGAAAAAGAGGCUAUAAAGUUUAAUAGUUUAUAUUCAAACAAAUUAUUUUUCAUGUGAAGGGAAACUGAUAGUAUCGUCUGAUGUAUACUACAGGGAUUUUUAUGUGAUAAACGGUGCUUUUGUAUUCUCUAUAAUAAAUACUU